UUCUGCAACCCAUCUGGAUCCAACGAGUGAGGAGUCGACAUCUCAAAUCCUGUCCGAUCUCCUUCCUUGAUGAACCUUCUUUUGCAUUGACCCUUGAGAAAAUGAAAUGUACUGACCCUUGUGGCAUCUUUUUCCUUAGUUCUCUCGUCGGUUGCCCAUUUUUCCCUCUUCCGGUCCAGUCGCUCUCGGCUCUUGCGACUUGGAUUACCCUCAUCCCAUCCACCACCUUCGGUUAUCAAUCGUUUUAUUAAAACAAUCGCGGGUGAUCCAUCUAUCAACCGAACCUCUCUGGUCUCUCUGUUGCGGUAGGUUUGGAUGGAAUUUGCCCAUACCCUGCUGCUCCCGUUCUCCCUCUGCCUUCCACCCUCCCCACCCUCUCUUCGUCUCAGCCGUUUGUCCUUUCGCCCAGUCCGAACACUCCGUUGAUCCUAUAAAUCCAUGUAGCAACAGUGUGGUAGCACUGCCUCCUGGACCGUCAUCACCAUGCAGGCUGUCCAGUAUGAACAGCUUGUCUCUCCUGGGGGGUCGCCCACCUACACCGACCACCAUCCGCCCCAGGAGCCCUCCCCAACCAAAAAUCCAACCCCCAAAAACGUCGCUUUCGAGCUGUUGCUCGAUGAAAACUCCAAGGUCCGGGCUCGCAUCCCCAUGCGAGUCCAGAUCUAUCCUCACGAUACCACCGAUUCCAUCGUGACGACGGUCAAGAAUUUUUAUGGGAUCUACGAUGGCGCUGCCAGCGGCGUCAGUUUUGAGGAUGAUAAUGGUACCACCCUCAUUGCCAGAUAUGAGAAUCUAAGAAACAAUAUGACAGUCUAUGUGCGGGUUAUUCCCGUACAAGCAUACGCGGAGGGUUAUGGAGAUCGAUAUUAUGGUCCCAUCCCAGUAGAAAAUCGCAAGCGCCCAAGUCUUGGCGAGCCAUUUCAGAUGCCACCUACAAUGCAAGCUCCCCAACCCUCAGAGCACGGUCAACCACCCUCUCGACCAGCGUCCCGGGUCGCUAGAAAGCGCAGUACUUCCCCGUCUGGCAGAAGUCGGCGCAGCGCUUCGCAGCACAAACCGCUGUCUCGCUCAGGCUUCAAGAGUAGGGCUUCAAGCACCCAUGGCAGUCUCCACGACGAUGCCACAGCUGUCUACAGCGACAGCGAUGGUGGCUAUGGCUCUGUCUCGGGGGCGAAAAAGUCUCGAAGUGAGCAAUUCGCUAGCUCGGAUAUCAGCAUGGAUAAUAUUCUUCAAGACGGUCGCCGCAAGCGACCCAAGUUUGAAAGCUCGGAACUACCUUUGUUCGUCCCACCUCAGGUCCCUCUAACUACCUCGACUUCCUCUAUCUCCCCGCAACGUCGCUCCAUUGGUCAGGAAGGAGCCGGCUCACCUUUCGCUCGACCCAUGCACCGCCCAUAUAAUGCUUACCAACAACCCUUACCCUCCCCUCAAAGCUAUGGGCAUAGCGAACAUACAUAUGGCGUUAAUCCCACUAGAAAUGGCAUAUAUACUACACCAAUGGUUCCAGAGCAUGGGCAUCGCCUUCGCGACCGGACCACAGUCCAAUCAUCUGGACCGUUUUCGAACUCAGUUGGUCGAAACGGUGCGCCAGGGAUUCUUCCCACUCCAGACCCUACCAUUGCAAGCUGUAUUUCAGAUGAAGAUGUUGCGAUGCAAUUGAUUCGUCUUGGCGAUGCAUCGAAUUUCUCUCAUGGCCGUACGUCAGCCUCUACUCUUGACGAUGCUUUCAGUGGUGCUGCCGAUGCGGCAUCUUCAACUGGCGCAACUAGCGACGGGGAAGGCUUCAGUGAGGAUGACGAUGACCUCCCUGCUCGUCCUAGACAUAGACUGGAUUCGAGCCCUAUGCUCCCUCCAGGCACCACCAAGCGCACUCACAAGCGGCUGGAUGACAUUCUCCCAAGUUUUGACAGCUCCGAUGCAAGCUGCGACAGCCUUGAUCAUGAAUACCAUCAAGAAGACUUCGAUGAUGGUAUGGUCAAGAACGAGGUUGAUGACGAUUCCAUCCAUGAAUCUGCGCCAAAGCCCAAAAAGGCCAAGACUCGCGCUACGGGUGCAACCUCUACCAAGGUACGCAGUUCGAAGCCCGCGCCCUCACGCCAGAACAAAAGUACAAGUAAGAAUCCAUCCAAUGCCGUUGCGCGGAAGGUCAAGCCGACAGCAACUGCUGUCGUUCCAAAGGCAGUGGUGCCACCUCAGAUGGUGAGCCCCGCUCCUACCAGAAAGACCUCCACCUCUUCGGUCAAUACCCAGCACCCACUCGCUGCGGACGAGGAGGACUUAUCGACUAAACCGCGCUGCCAACGCUGUCGUAAGAGCAAGAAGGGCUGUGACCGACAGCGCCCCUGCGGACGAUGCAAAGAUGCCGGUAUUGGCAUUGAAGGCUGCAUCAGCGAAGACGAAGGGAAUGGCCGGAAAGGCCGCUAUGGUCGCCAUAUGGGAGUUCCCGUUAAGAAGACCCUCGAGGCUGUUCCUGUUGGAUCUGAAUCACACUCGAGUCUGCCUUCCAUUCCCAUGACCGCCUCGACAUUGGACAAGAACAAGAAGCGCAAGCGUUAAAUGGUUUCGCCUCUCUCUGGUUUUUAUUCAGCCGCCAUACCAUUUAUAAUAUUUUCUCUUUCUUCCUGCUCGCCGGAUCGAAGUACAAAAAUAAGAGAAUAAAUAAGAAGAAAAAAUGAAAAAAAGGACAAAAAAAAAAGAUUUAGGUUUCUGCAUUUUAAUAUGCUGAUUACUCCUAUCAUAGACCAUCAAAAAUCUUCAUCAAGC